AUGGUACAGAAAGUGUACGUCACGUACAACGAGAAGUCGGCGCCCAAGAUCCUCGAUGAGUUCACACCCAACCUCAUGAUCGCGAUCGGAGGAGGAGGCUACGUCCCUGCGCGCAUUCUCAGAUCCUUCCUUAAGCAGCCAGGCGCACCAAACAUCCCCAUCCAGGCCAUCGGUCUCAGUCUGUACGAGCAGCUCUCAGGCUCCGAUCCAGUCGAGCAGCCUGGCACAAAAGUCACGCGCACACAAUGGCUAGACCUGUCAUCGCUCGAAAUGGCCAAUUUGAUUGGCAAGAACGUGUUGAUUGUGGACGAGGUCGACGACACACGUACCACGCUAGAGUAUGCGGUAAAAGAGCUCGAGAAAGACGUCGAGGAGGCACGGAGGAAGUUGGGCAGAGAUGAAAAGACCAAAUUCUCGAUAUUUGUGCUUCACAACAAGGACAAGGAGAAGAAGGGUCACCUGCCCGACGACAUGUUGGCUGAUAAUCGCUACCUGGCUGCUGUCACUGUGGGUGAUGUUUGGAUCUGCUAUCCCUGGGAGGCCACCGACAUUGACGAGCAUGAUGAAAUGGCGAAGACGCAGCCUGCGACCUAA